AUGUCAACAUUUUCCAUUAUAAAUUUGCCACUAAAAAUUGAAGGAAAAAAGUUCUACAACGGUGACCUGUUUAAUUUUUCUCUUGAUCGCUUUGAAACUUACCAGAUUGAGCACAAAGCGGAUUUGACAGGAACGUUUAUUGAAUCAUCAGCACCUAUCACAGCCUUUUCCGGUAACGAUUGCAAUGAGCUUGAACAUAUCGGAGCUUGCGAUCAUCUCGUUGAACAGUUACCACCAACUAACAGUAUGGACAAAACAUACAUAGUACCCCCGAAUUCGGACGACAGAGACACACUCAUUCGUAUCACAGCAACAGAGAAUACGCAUUUUUCAUAUAUAAUCGGGGGUGAUACUCAAACCUUAUUUUUGGAACGACUUGAUUAUUUCGACACACACAUAUCGAGUAGCCAGUCGUGUUUUAUUGAAUCUAAAGUACCUUUGUUAGUGACAAGUAUCGGUUUAGGUUCUAGGAAUUCUGUAACCGCCAUGGGCGAUCCAUCUAUGACAAUCGUACCAGGGAUAAAUCAAUACCUGGAUUAUUAUAAGAUAGUUGUUCCGCCUGGAUAUGAUCAUAACUACGUUUCCAUAAUGAUAAAUUUUGCCUUUAAAGAUUUAUUACGCAUUAAUGAUAAGACCAUAAACAAGCGCGAUAUCGUUUUUGAAGAAAAUGUUUUGGCUAGCAGCGUAACAUACAGUGUGAGAACAGUACGUGUUGUUGAGGGAGAGCUAACUGCAUCUACUGUAAACGGAGAACGUUUCGGUCUGAUGUUUGCCGGAGUAACCGAAUACAAAGCUUACGGAUUUUCCGGAAACUCGUUGCUUCUGUAACCCAUUCAUAUUCGUAUCGGGCGAAUUUAACCGAUGUCAUUUGUGUAAUCUCAUUAAGGCUUUGUUGAAAGUGAACAUACUUUAUGUCUAAUGUACAAAUAAUCACACUUUGUACAUGUAUUAUUCUCAGAAGUUAAUAUAUAUACAAGCUUGUUGAAAUGCAUGCGUAUUAAUGUAAUAUAUAAUAGAUGACACGAUUUUUAUAGACAAUUUUUACUGAGAAUAAGUAAAAUGUCUUGAUUGUGAAAGGG